UAGUCUCAAUAUCACAUGCUCAGUUGCUCACCAUUAUCAACGUUACUACUUCCUCCCACUCCCAGACUCCCAUUGAAGCUAAUCCACCCUAAUUCUCACCCCAUCUAAAAAAAAUGGCUGCUUUAAUUCACACUCUUGCUGCAAUUAAAUUAUCCAGUCCAGGAAAUACCCAAUUUCGAGCUCGCCCAUAUCUUUCUCCUGCCUCAACUUCCUUCACCAGAAGAAGAUUCACCAUUAAAGCAGCAGAUACUGAUACCAAUGAAGAAGUUAAAGCUCAGGCACCAGAUAAGGCACCAUCUAAGGAGGGUUCUAGCUUCAACCAGCUUCUUGGAAUUAAAGGAGCUUCCCAAGAAACAAACAUAUGGAAGAUCCGUCUCCAGCUUACAAAGCCUGUGACAUGGCCUCCACUGAUUUGGGGAGUAGUUUGUGGAGCUGCCGCAUCUGGGAACUUCCAUUGGACUCCGGAAGAUGUGGCUAAAUCAAUUCUGUGCAUGAUUAUGUCUGGGCCUUGCCUGACUGGCUAUACGCAGACUUUGAAUGAUUGGUAUGACCGAGAGAUUGAUGCAAUUAAUGAACCUUAUCGUCCAAUUCCUUCAGGAGUAAUAUCUGAGAAUGAGGUCAUUAGUCAAAUUUGGUUGCUGUUUUUAGCUGGACUUGCUAUUGCCGGAGGAUUGGAUGUGUGGGCAGGGCAUACAUUUCCUACACUUUUUUACUUGGCUUUGGGUGGAUCUUUUAUCUCAUACAUUUACUCUGCACCUCCUCUAAAGCUUAAACAGAAUGGUUGGAUUGGAAAUUUUGCUCUUGGGUCAAGCUACAUCAGUCUUCCAUGGUGGGCUGGUCAAGCUUUGUUUGGCACUCUAACACCUGACAUAGUUGUCCUUACACUCCUGUAUAGCAUUGCUGGGCUUGGAAUCGCCAUUGUUAAUGACUUUAAGAGCAUUGAAGGUGACAGAGCGAUGGGAUUGCAGUCAAUUCCAGUAGCUUUUGGCAUUGAGGCUGCUAAAUGGAUUUGUGUUGGUGCCAUUGACAUUACUCAGCUAUCAGUUGCAGGUUACCUCCUGGGGGCUGGCAAGCCAUAUUAUGCCUUAGCUUUACUGGGACUUUUACUUCCACAAGUUUAUUUCCAGACCCAAUAUGUCUUAACAGACCCCAUCAAGUAUGAUGUCAAAUAUCAGGCAAGCGCGCAACCGUUUCUUAUUCUUGGUCUUCUAGUGACUGCAUUGGCAACCAGCCAUUAAGUACUCUCAUAUCUGUUGUGUCAUUCCUUGAAUGGGACAGAAACCUGAGCAAAAAUGGUGUUUCGACUAACGUAAUCAGUACUGGUUAUUGGGUAAACAGCCAUUUGUUUGUGUAUUGAAGCAGGAAGAAAGAUAUGGCUUUCAUGCCUUCUAUAAUUCUGUAUCCAUGAUUUUGUGCAAGUAGAAAACCGCUGAACCUUUGACUUAAAACAUCUUCUUUGUCUGAUGUUUUAGGUUGUGUAGUAGAGAUUAGAGUAGACCGCUGUUGUAUUCGUUGUAUUAUGUAUAAAUUUUUGUUUUAUUUUUC